AUGCCCUUCAGACCCUCUAGGUACACCACUGAUCGAGAGCUAGCAGCCAUUGUUGAUGCUGAGGACUCGAAUGACGACGAUUACGACGACCACGAACGACGGAGUAAACCUCGCCAGAAACCUCGUGCCCGCGGUGGUAGCGCUGUGCCGCGAAAGAAGUCAAAGAAGAAUCGCUAUGGGGGUUCCGACAUAAGUGACGACGACGACGAACUCUCAGAAGAGGCAGAAGAUUGGACAGAUGAGGAUGUGAAAGAAGAAGUUGAGUUCAACGAAGCGACUGGUAGACCUAAACGUCGAGCCGCUAAACCAGCCCGAACGUACAAAGAAAGUGACGAAGAAGAAGCUCAUGAUUACUCGCUUCCUUCCGAGGAAGAAGCUCCUGUAACUCCAUCGAAGCCUCGAGCGAUCGGUCCUAAAUCGAAAAUCGUGACGCUUAAGAUACGCACGCCUCUUCCCCGUAGCCCUCGCAUCCUGCGUGACAGGCGCCCAAGCGUCCCAGCUGCGAGAGCCGAACCAUCUGGUACCACACGCCGAACCCGUCGUAUGUCUGAGGAGGAGGGCGAGACCUUGAUUGAACUCUCCAAUUCAGGCAGACAUACCGUACUCGUUAGAGCCGGUUCUCGAGAUCCAGAUAUACCCCAGUCGCGUGCCACAAGAGGCUCAAAGAGUAUCAUGUAUCCAUCCAAAAGCACCAUUGAUGAGGUCGACGAGCCCCAAUCAGUGCCAAAAGAGCAGGAAGAGAUUGUGAUCCCGCCAUCGCAGGAGACAGUACAGUUCUUCGCCUCACAGGACGAGUUGCCAGACAUGGUCCCCCACAUCGGUUCAGAUUUACAUGCUUCAGUCUUGAAGGAGCCUGUACCUCUGCUUCCGAGUGACGACCCUCUACAUGGUUCUCCUCACGUUGAGUCCAUUCGACCUGAGAUUGAACCUCUGUCAGAGGAAGGCGAAGCCGAGGGUGCUGAAGAGGACGACGAAGGCCCGGUCUCAAAUCGAGGUAGAACCACGAGAGCCAGCCAAAAGCGAAAAGCAGAUUCUCCUGCUCCAGACGAGCCGAUGCCUUCCAGACGUAGAUUGCGUCCUCGUGAGUCUGCUAGUCGGGCACAUUCGAGCACAAGACAUCACAAAGAUAUCGAUAAGACCAGUGACUUUGACCCUGAGGCGGAAGCCGAUGAGGCGGGCGACGUCUCAAUGUCAGAAGAAUCUGAUGGAUCACCUCAGAAACGAACGCGACAAAGGGUCGAUGCCGAUGAGGAUAGUAAUGGUGGUCGACGCUCAACACGGUUGCAGAAAAAGAACGCUUCUCAACAAGCUUCUGCAUCGGACGAAGACUAUGAGUUGCAAGAAGAAAUAGCCGAGCUUCAAAAAGACGACCGCGCGACCAAGCGAAGACGACGUGCUCAGGAAGAGCUUGUGUUCGAGUCAAGAGGCAAACGGAAUACCACAAGAAAAGACUACAAUUUAAUGCGUAACAUACCCCAGCUAGACGACGAUGACGAGACUGCUGUCCCUACCCUUUCACAAAAGGCGAAGAAAACAGGAGGUGGGCAGUCUUAUUAUACAAUGCACGAUUAUGCUGGUCCUUUCGGUGGUGUUCGUGGUCGCCCUCUUCUUGGUGGUCCUCAACGUGCGCCAGAUGCAGAUACAGACAGUAGCGAUGACGAGGUCAUGAAGCAGCCGAAGCAAAUCGCUGGUGUCGCUGGUAUGACACCUACCAUUGCCACGAAUCCCUUCAAUCCCUUCGCAAUGAAUGCCUUGAUUUCCGAUCCGGCUCAAGGCCCAACAGGUACACCGGCUAAUCUGGGCAAGGUAAAGGACAAACAAGCUCUAGCCGACGCUGAUCCUCUGGGCGUGGACCAGAAUAUCGACUUCGACAGCGUCGGUGGUUUGCAAGGACACAUUGAUCAGCUCAAAGAGAUGGUUGCAUUGCCCUUACUGUAUCCUGAAAUCUUCUUGCGAUUCAAGAUCACUCCACCACGUGGUGUUCUCUUCCACGGUCCACCUGGUACUGGUAAAACACUAUUGGCUCGUGCUCUCGCAAGCAGUGUCAGCUCUCAAGGCCGCAAAGUCACCUUCUACAUGCGAAAGGGCGCUGAUGCACUCAGCAAAUGGGUUGGAGAAGCUGAAAGACAGCUCAGACUGUUAUUUGAGGAAGCGAGAAAGAACCAGCCAUCCAUCAUCUUCUUCGACGAGAUCGAUGGUUUGGCUCCAGUGCGUUCCAGUAAGCAGGAACAGAUUCAUGCUUCGAUCGUGUCUACUCUACUAGCUCUGAUGGAUGGUAUGGAUGGAAGAGGACAGGUCAUCGUCAUUGGUGCGACCAACAGGCCUGACUCUAUUGACCCUGCCUUGCGGCGUCCGGGACGCUUCGAUCGUGAGUUCUAUUUCCCACUUCCUGACAAAGAUGCUCGAAGAUCCAUUAUCAACAUUCACACUCGCGGUUGGGAUCCGCCACUUGACGACCAUAUCAAAGAUGAGUUGGCCACUCUGACGAAGGGUUAUGGCGGAGCCGACCUCAGAGCCUUGUGCACCGAAGCCGCCUUGAACGCUGUGCAAAGACGAUAUCCACAAAUCUACUCCUCAAAGGAGAAGUUGCUAAUCGAUCCGAAGAGUAUAACAGUGACGCCCAAGGACUUCAUGAUCUCGAUCAAGAAAAUGACGCCCUCAUCAGAGAGGUCAGCGUCGUCAGGAGCUGCGCCACUACCACAGAAUGUUGAGCCGCUACUGAGAAGGCAGCUCAAAGACCUGGAAGUUAGAAUUGAAGAAAUGUUACCACGGCAGAAAAAGACCACAGCGCUGGAGGAGGCGAUGUACGAGGAUGUGGCCGACGGCAGAGGAUUUGGUAGAGAGCGUAUGCAGCAGGCUUUUGAGUCCUCUCGCGUCUUUCGCCCAAGACUGCUUGUUCAUGGUAGGCUUGGGAUGGGUCAGCAGUACAUCGCUGCAGCACUACUCAACCACUUUCAAGGCGUGCAUGUGCAGUCACUGGACUUGUCCAUUCUUCUCGGGGAUACGACCAGCUCACCCGAAGCUACUGUCAUUCGGCUUUUUGCGGAGGCUAAGAUGCACAAACCGAGCGUGAUAUAUAUUCCAAACGUGCAAGAAUGGUUCGGCACUGUCGGACAAACAGUGUUGACCACAUUCCAUGGACUCUUGAGGUCAAUCAAGCCAACUGAUCCUAUCUUGGUCCUCGCUUUCUUGGAGGCUGAGCCCGACGAUGAAGACGAAGGGAUGAAACGAGAAUUUUUUGGUUACUCACAUCGCAACCAAUAUCGUCUCGCAUCACCGAGUCACAAAGAACGAAGCGAGUUCUUCAGACCAUUGAAGGAUUACAUCAAGACGAGACCGAGUGAUUUUCCCGAUCCAGCUCACCGGAAGAGGCGACAGAUGGAGAUCUUACCUCCAGCUCCUGCGGAACCGGAGAAGGAGGCGCCUCCCCCAACUAAAGAAGAGCUCAAGGCCCAGAAGAAAAGAGAUCGAAUGACACUGAACGUGCUCAAGCAACGGCUGCAGCCGAUCAUGGAUCAAAUCAGAACCAAAUACAGAAGGUUUCGAACCGGUAUCAUCGAAGAUCACCUUAUCAGCUACCUGUACAAAGAGGCUGACCUAGAGACUGUGACAUCUGACGUUCAUGAUAACAACCAAGUACAAGAAACACGACCAUAUCGUCUUGCGAAAGAUCCACAUGGUGUAGGCGGGCUGGUCGAUAUCGAUGGCAUCUUUUUCUACAACCUCGAUGCUGUAACUAUAGAGAAGCGGCUGAGCAACGGCUACUACAAACGGCCUAAGGAUUUUCUGACAGACAUCAAGAGAUUGGCUAAAGAUGCAAAGGCUGCCAAAGACGAAGACCGAAUGUUCAAGGCUAAUGAGUUGCAAUCUAAUGUUGAGGUGGACAUUGCUAACAUUGAGAUGCUUGAGCCCCAACUAGUCGCUGAGUGUGAAAAAGUAUAUCAGCGGGAGCUUCAAAGGCUCAAAGAAGAGGAGGAAAAAGCACAAGCAGCUGAGGAAAUGCAGCCACCACAAUUGACCGCGGUUCAGAUCUCUGAUACAGCAGCCACCACAACAACGGAAGGUGCAGGUCCGAUAACUCUAGGCGAGAACUUCAAUAACCCGAAGGACAUGCUGGUCAAUGCGAUAGUUCCGGCUGGGUCUCGGGCUUCGACUGACAGUAUCAUGACGAAUGGCUUUCACGAUGUUAUCAACAAUCGUUCACACGAUCGGAAUUCGAAUAACGUUUCCAAUGCAUCAGAAGCCAAUGCUGGUGAAGAUGCUCAUCUGCACAAUUCUAGCAACGAAAGUGGCUCGAAGCAGAGAUCGAAUGGGGAAACUCAAAGCAGUGAAAGCACGACAGCUUUAUCAGUACUUGGCAGGACCGCCUCAGCCCAGCCGAAACCGUUUUCGCAAUACUCUGCACCCUCACAGCGACUGCGCCAACAAUAUGGACUGGAGCCAUUACCUAACCAGGCAUCAUUUAUGACGCCUAUGGAAGAGGAGUCUCAAUUCAAGGACUAUACCAAUGAUGCAAGCACGACUCAAACGAAUAGUGGUCAGAAAGCUCCGUCGGUGUCAACCUCUGGUUACCACGACCCGAGACAUAGUUACUCAGGCGUAGGCUCAGAUUACCACGAUCAACGGAAUAGUCAGGAUACUGGAGCACCGGACCUCUUUGGGUGGGACGAGCGAACGACAGGUGAUAUUCCUGAUACACAAGAUACAUCGGCGUCGCAGUCCUCGACGAACGGAGCAUCUGCAGGAAACGGCGAACCAUCAAGUUAUUUCGUCAGUGCGGCCUCGAAAAGUGCCUACCCAUCACACGAUCAAUCACGACUACAAUCAUCAUUUCCACCCGUUCCACGUUUCGAUGCUCCCUCCGUCGCCGCACACACACAUACCGGCCCCGCAGCAUCCAGUACUUCCGCCCCAGCACGCGCAGGAGCAGGUCUCUUCGCAGAACUAACCGCAGCCGCAACUCCAACCUCCCGCCUAGGCGCAAACGCACCACCACACGCCAUGAAAAGCCUCCUCAACCCACCCUCUCCCCCACCCACCUCCCAACCCCAAACCCAGACCCAAACACUCGAAUACGCCGAACCCAAUCUCGCCCUGCCCGACGAGUCCAGAAUCGAUAAUACCGUCCUGGAUAUCGUCGACAAAACCUCGGGCCUCUCCGUCGAACAAAUGGAACAAGUCAACAGCGUCCUCAUGGACAUUCUCUGGCAGACAAGAGGCGAAUGGAACCGGACGAUUGUUCUGGACUGCAUAACUGAUGGCUUUAAUAAUACCAUUGCGGAUAUGCGGGAUACAGGACAGGAGUUUGGAAAUUUGAGUUGGGAGAGGGUGGAUACUGCUGGUGAGCGAGCGACGGGGAGGAGGAGGGCGGCGAUCGGGAUGCGUACGGGUUAG